AUGAGUCGCCAGCGUCUAGAACUGCCCCCGGCGGCGGACACAGGGGGCGAACCGAGGUCGAGCCAGCGGCAGCAUCAACAGCAGCAGCAGCAGCAACCCGUGUACUCAUGCCGGUUCUGCUUGGGCACCGACAACCAACUGAGCAUGGUGACGCCCUGCAACUGCAAGGGCAACUUCAGCCACGCCCACGCCAACUGCGUUGCAAUCCAGAUAUACCAGAAUCGAGUGUACGCCUGCCACAUCUGCCAUUAUGACUUCAACAUCCGCUGGGACAAUCAGAAGAGCUUCGUCGACUGGCUGCUGGACAGCGACAACCUGGCCGACCACGUGCUGUUCGCGCUCAGCGUGCUCUUCACGCUCAGCCUGGUGCUGGUGCUGACGUUCGCCUGGCUCCAGGCGACGCACACGCUGGCGCGUCUCUCCUGGUUGCUGGCCAUGCCGCUCGCCCUUCUGCUGCUGCUGCAGAGCUUCACGUGGAUGGGCUUCGCUUUCUACAGCCUAUGGUUGUAUCGCAAGGCGUAUCUCAUCUGGAAGGUCCAGUCGCCGCCACCAGCUCUGCGGCACCGGCUGGAGGCACAGGCGCCUGCGACAUCGGGGCACCAGUGAGGCCUGGCAUUCAGUGCGUCGGACACAAAUCAUCAAGGAUCUUCAGUGCUGCGCGCACGCGGUCGCGCGCGGCCCGGCACCCAUCGGCGCUUCUCUAAGCGCUGCCCGGCGUUUGUCGUCGUUAGA